AUGGCUUCUGGUGUACUGCCGACGAGACAUCGGAGAGAUGAAUCUAUCAAACGUCAAAAAUCGAAGUCCGACCGAGAAAUUUUGUUACAGAUGGGAUUCUCUAAACAACGAGCGGAGAAGGCUAUAGCAUCAACAGGAGACUGUGGAGUACAGCUGGCCUCUGACUGGCUCCUGUCACAUGUGAAUGACCCUCACCUAGACAAGAAUAAUUCCAGAGAGUAUAUUCUGUAUCUCUGCCCCAAGGGGGCGCUGCAGAAAGAGAUUGUAGAAUUCGCUGAGAAGUCUCUCAACAGCUGUGGCUGGAACGGAUCACAUGCUUACUUCCCACAUAUUACACUUUGUCCCUUUUUCACGGUGGAGGAUGCUAAGACCCAUGAUGUAACCUGUGCUGUCCUGAAGCUGGAAACUAAGCUACGCCAGGCUCCAGGCAAAUUGAAACUUGACUUUUUCAGUCAGAUGAAUUUUAUUGGAUUGUUUUUACAGGAGGAUUUCUACAGGUAUCUGUCAGAUAUCACAAAUCAAGUUGGAGAAGAACUGAAAAAUUCAGGUAUCAAGUUUGAGCCACACAAGAAACAGUUACACAUGACACUGGCAUACCAGUACCAACCGGAUCAACAUGAAAAACUGCUUACUAUGGCCAAAGACAUCAAUUUUGAUGCUGAUGUUCAAUGGGACUUCAGAUUGUAUUCUCGUGACAUUAGCAAAGCAAAGUGUGAGGUACGUAAGGUGUUGAAGGCUUAUACUCCACAACUGGGAGAUGAAUUGGAGUUAAUUGAUGGAGACUUUGUUUAUGUUGAACCCUCUGAAAUCCAGCAAAGCAAGGAUCAAUGGUAUAAGGGAAUAUCCUGGCUUACUGGAAACUCUGGAUUGUUUCCAGGACCUUACACGCAGAGAACCGCCGACACACGUACCUGGACGUUACACAGAUCUUUACCUAUGGAAGCUAAAGUUGAAGUUCAUCAAAGAAAUGCACCACUGAUCCCUCAGUUGGUUCCGCCACUCAUACCUAUCCCUGCAGACCCUGCAGGAACACCACCCCUCAUCGCUUUAGGGACUACACCUCUUAUUCCACAAGGGGCCACGCCGAUAAACCACCAGGCACCAAGCCUUAAUCCCACUGGGAACGCAUCGGUCAGCACUCAGGGGGCCACCUCUACCACUCAAAGUAAUGGGUUGGCUGUGGAAAUGGACUGGACCCCUUACGAUAAUUUGUGGCAUGACAAAAAUGGAUAUGCACAGGUGAAGAAGAAACCUGGUUUAGAAAAAUCGGCGCCACGGAAGCUGUAUAUUGUUAGACACGGGGAGCGUGUGGAUUUUGCUUUAGGCAAGGAAUGGUUUGACAUGUGUUAUGAUGAUGACGGUCACUACAAAAGAAAUAAUUUGAAUUUACUCCGGGAACUGCCAAAAAGGAAAACGCAUCUUGAGUAUAUCAAAGACCCUCCACUAACUGUUAUAGGUCAUUACCAGGCUACCCUUACAGCUGAGAACCUUUUAGAGAGCGGGGUGACAGUGUUUUGUAUAUACUGCUCUCCUUCUCUGAGAUGUGUACAGACAGCUACGCAGAUCUUCAAAGUGUUUAACUUACCAUGGAAGCUGAGGAUUGAGCCAGGGUUGUAUGAGUGGACAGGCUACCAGGCUGGAGUUCCACGAUGGAUGUCACCCUCAGAACUACUACAGCAUGGUUACCCUGUAGAUACAACCUACACUCCUCAGUACCCUCGAGACAAACUGCAGGAAGAUGAACCAGUUGAGGUGUUGUAUGCCAGAUCAACAGAGUCUACCAAACAAAUUCUUAAAAACCAUGAAUUAGAAGGUGGAAACCUGUUGUUUGUUGGACAUGCUGGAACGUUGGAAUUAUGUACACGACAGUUAAUAGGGAGGGGUACUCGAAACAUCACAGACUAUAAAAAGAUCUUACCCAAAGUGCCAUACUGCAGUGUGUGUGCAGUUGAGGAGGAUCCAGCAAGGAAAAAAUGGGCCUUUAUAGAACCACCCUCACUAGCCCUGACACACGGCCGAAACCACAGUCAGAGAGUGAUACCACUACUUCAGUGAUACGACUCACGCGAGCACUAGUUCUGUACACCAGUACUUCAGUGAUACGACUCACGCGAGUACUAGUUCUGUACACCAGUACUUCAGUGAUACGACUCACGCGAGCACUAGUUCUGUACACCAGUACUUCAGUGAUACGACACACACAGGUACUAGUUCUGUACACCAGUACUUCAGUGAUACGACAUACACAGGUACUAGUUCUGUACACCAGUACUUCAGUGAUACGACACACACAGGUACUAGUUCUGUACACCAGUACUUCAGUGAUACGACUCAC